ACAAAACCUAGUAGAGCUCUUGAGGGAAAUGGAUAAGUUGAAUGUUACCGUUAUAGAAAACCAUCAAGUGAAUGAAGAGAAGCCUCCACCACGAGUGUGUCCAAGGUGUAGCUCAGACAACACCAAGUUCUGCUACUACAACAACUAUAGCGUGUCUCAACCACGCUACAACUGCAGGAACUGUCGCCGAUUCUGGACCCAUGGUGGAGCUUUAAGGGACGUACCAAUUGGUGGAAGGGCCCGUAAAAUCAAGCGUACAAGGAUAGAUCAGCCUUCUGUUUCUCAGGUGGUUUCUGUUAUCCAACAGGUUAAUAAUCAUCAACCUUUCUCACAUGCUCAAGAAACCAACGAGUUUCUUGGAACUUUUGGUGGUUCUUCUUCUUCUUCUUCUGCAGUUGUUGGGAACGAUUUCAGUUCUUUGCCUGAAACUAAUGGUGAUAUGGUGCUUCCGAUUCGAAGUAUUCCACCAACGGAUCGCUUUGAUCUCUUUGAUGGACCGUUUAACCAAGGUUAUUACGGUGUUGGAUCCAAUGAUUUGGUUGGCAAUCCUUUGAUGAAGCACUCAAUUGGUGGACAUGUUGAUAACUAUAACAAUUACCGCGUGAAUCAGGAGGAUCCUAACAAUCAAAACCAGAGCUUCAACGACAGCAUGAACAUAAAUCAUAAUGCCAGCAGUAGUGCAAACAGAGGAUAUCCAGGCACUGAUCACAUGAUCAUCAACAACAAAGACAGAAACAAGUGUGUGUUUAGAUCCUCCUAUCAUCUGGAGAAGUAUGGUCCCUGAAUCAUAACCGUUUUUUACCCGUUUUCUCUUUUUAUUAAGCUAAUAAUGGUUCAGUUUUUCGUUUAUGUUUUCUGUUGGGUCUUCUUGUUUGAUUGGGUCUUUCAUUUUAAUCUUAGUUCCAAAA